AUGAGGGGCACAGGCGGUGCCUCUGAACAGGCUGACCGGUCUGCAGAGGACGAGCAUGGUCUGCUGCUCCGCCACGGCCUGGUUCUGAGGUGCCCCACGCCAGCCUCGGUGCCCCGUGUCGGGGCAGUGAAGUUCCCAGGCUAUGUGCACCCUCCCGCCCCAGUGCCGGUGCCGGUGCCCAUCGAGGCCUGGGCGCAGGGCAAGCGCACCUCUUUCUGUCUUCAGUUUUCUUUCCAGCAGGGAGGAUGGGGCGCAUCCCUGGCUGACAAGCUGGUCAGAAAAUGUGAUGUUCUGAAUCGCGGAUUUUCGGGUUACAAUACCAGAUGGGCCAAAAUCAUCCUUCCGAGGUUAAUCAGGAAAGGGGGCGGCUCGGACCAUCCCAUCGUGGCAGUGACGAUUUUCUUCGGUGCCAAUGACAGCGCGCUGAAAGAUGAGAACCCCAAGCAGCACGUGCCCCUGGACGAGUACAUCGCGAACGUGAAGAGCAUGGUGCAGUACCUCAAGGCCGUGGAGGUCCCUGAGAGCAGGAUCAUUCUCAUCACACCGCCCCCACUCUGCGAGCCCGCCUGGGAGCAGCAGUGCCGCCAGCAGGGCUGCAGGUUAAACCGCUUGAACUCAGUGGUGGGAGAAUACGCCAGCGCCUGUGUCCAAGUCGCCCAAGACUGUGGGACAGACGCCCUUGACCUGUGGACCUUGAUGCAGAGGGACGGUCAGGAUUUCUCCUCCUACCUGUCAGACGGACUGCAUUUGUCGGCAAAGGGAAAUGAGUUUCUGUUCUCUCAUCUUUGGCCUCUCAUAGAGAAGAAAGCCUCCUCCCUGCCUUUGCUGCUCCCUUACUGGCGAGAUGUAGCGGAAGCAAAGCCGGAACUGAGCCUUCUGGGAGAUGGUGACCACUAGUCGGGCCGUUCCUCAGGACAGCGCCAAGAGCCAGAUAAGCUGCUAACGAAUAUUGUUUGUCACCCUGGGCCAAACCGCCACCAUCACCCCCAGAUGAAUAAAAGCAUUAGAACUCCUCAGGGGAGCUUGGUACCGUG